AUGUCCCGAAACACACUUCAAAGCGCCGCCGUCGGCACUGUCUUGUCCUCGCAGCUCCAGCACCAGCACCAGCACCAGUACACGACCUCACAGCUCAUGGCUCCAGGCAAGCGCAGACGCGGCGCGGCCGGCGCCAAGAAGAACGGGGCGGCCGAGAGCGGCCCGGAGGCGGCCGCGACGCAGCAGAACAGCGCCCCCAGCACUAAAAGCAGCGCGGACGCGGCCACCGACGCCUUAUUAGCGGUGUCGGAGACGUUACAGCGCAUUAAAUCCGAGUACGAGCCCCUGGUCAAGGAGCUGGAGGGCCGCUUCAGCUUCAUCCGCGCGCUGCUGAGCGAGUUCUGGCCGGAGCUGCAGCGCGACCCGCGCGAGGACGCGCAGCUGCCCGUGGAGGGCGACGCGCAGUGGUUCUGGUUCGCGGAGAUGCAGUUCAUGGUGGUAUUCCUCUACGAGAUCGCCUUCAUGGAGUUCUCCAUGAGCGUGACCAAGCCCGACUCCAUCACGCUCGAGCACAAGGCCGAGAAGACGACGCUGUCGCACCGCCAGGACAUGGAGGAGCGCGUGGCCUUCCUGGGCCGCCUCCGCAAGUACGUGGACGACCUGGCCGCGUGCCGCCUGGCGGCCACCAAGCAGCAGGGCAAGCGCCUGCCGCGCGUGUUCCGCCUGGCCGACAUGUACAAGCUCUCGCAGGGCGAGACGAUGCUGCUGCAGCUGCUCGUGGUCAUGCAGGGCUGCCAGAGCAACGCCGUGCGCUGCCAGAUCCUGGACGAGGACUCGCAGCGCCGCGUCAUGACGUGCCAGCGGCUCUCGGGCCUCUCGGAGGUCGACAUCGCCGAGUUCCGGGACGACGAGCGCGAGCACGUCAAGGAAGGAACGCUCAUCGUGGACGAGGAGACGUACUGCACGUCGCUCAGUCUGUCCAACAUUUGCGUGCGCGUGCUUUUGGGGCGACACCUGACCAGCAACCAGGCGCUCAAGGUCAGCCAGACGGCGCUGGAGGAGCUGCUCAAGGGCGAGGGCAUCACGUUUGGAGAGAUGCUGGAGACGACCACCACGUCGACGAGUGCCACGACCGAGUCGAGUGUGAGCGGACGCAAGCGCGAGCGCAGCGGAGAGGAUCUGGAUGACGAGCAGGAGGACGAAGCCAUGGACCACAACGCGACGAGCGACAGCGAGGAGGAGGAGCACGAGGAGCACGAUGACCCCAACGCGUCGGCGUUCUCGUUCAUUGGAAAGUACAAGACAGACAGCAAUCGUGCGAAGCGGCAGGAGAAGGCGGAUGAACAGUUGCUUUUGAAGUCGGCGGAGGCUGGCAGUGACAAACACCACUUGCUGUCGUCCCUGAUGGACCCGAGCGAGUUGAAGCCGUACAGCCCGGAGAACCAGUUGGAAUACCUCGAGGACCGUUUCCAGGUUGUUGCAUUUGCGAUCCGCGCGUCUGGUGCCCGAGUGAAGGACCAGAUGAAGGAGGCAGGUACGAAGCAGCCGUGGGAGUCGUCGGCUCCCGCAUCUGCCGGACGGCGUGAAUUGAAGGCCAAGCAGCGUGUGUACAGCCGCCGCACGCAGCACCGACUUGCUCUGACACGACAGGCUGGCAAGCCGCUGCCGCGUCUGGAAGAGCUGGCUGCUAAGUUCAAGCUGAACCGUUUCGAGCAGAAUGUGAUUGUGAUGCUGAUUGGAAAGACCAUUUCGCCGGUGAUCAAGAACUUGAUUGACGGUGUGGAUACGUCUCCAGUGCAGCGCAUGGACGAGAGUGUGAUUAUCAACCAGAUCUUAUCAAUCUUUUGCGAUACCUUCCAGGAACAGGUGGCCCACCGCGUAUUCUUCUAUAAGUCUUCGCGGCUACUUACUCGCGGCCUCGUAAAACUUCACCGUGGUCGAUGGCACUCGACGGCUGGGGACCUUGUGGACCAGCGCGUGGAAUUGGACCGCCGCGUGCUGGACUGGGUGGUUGGCCUGGACACUGAGAUGAAUGAGCUGGUGGAAGGCUCGGACUUGUACACCCCCAAGGUGCAGCUCGAGCAGGUUGUGCUGCCUGAAGAGCACAAAAGCACUAUCCUGGAGACCGUUGAGAGUUAUGAAAGCUUCCGGAGAUAUCGCAAGAAGAGUGGAUUGGAGCAAGCAGGUAUGGCGUACGGGGCUGGACUCGUGUUGUUGCUGUGCGGCGCCAGUGGCACCGGUAAGACUAUGACAGUGAACGCUGUGGCAGACCACCUGAAGAAGCGAGUGCUGCUUGUGGACUUCCCGUCACUGCAGGGUAAGCGGCAGGAAGGCAUGGAGACUGAUGCGGAUCUGCGCGGUCUGUUCCGUGAAGCGGACAUGAGCAACGCUGUGCUCUUCUUCGACGAGUGUGAGAAUAUUUUCCGGCAACGUGACGGCGGAGGUGACAGACUGCUGAAUGCGCUGCUGACAGAGAUCGAGCGGUACGAAGGCAUUGUGUUCCUUGCGACUAACCGGCCGUUCGACCUUGACGAGGCCAUGCACCGUCGUAUCACUGCUGUGUUUGAGUUCAAGGCGCCUGACCACAUCCAGCGACGGAAAAUUUGGGAUGUGCUUCUGCUGCGCGGAUCCCUACAGACUGAGCCUGGUAUCGACUGGGACGCCAUCGCGCUGAAGUACGAGCUCAGUGGUGGCUUCAUCAAGAAUGCCAUUCUGUCGGCCCUCCUGAAGGCCAUUUCACGGAACGCCGAGUCGCCCGUGAUUUCCCAGGCGGACAUCGUGGCUGGCUGCGCGCUGCAGAUGCGCGGUAGCUUGCACAUGAAGACGUUUGACCACCGCGUUGUGCCCACUAGCGGACUGGAUGAGCUCAUCGUGGAGGAUUCGGUGAAGGACAAGCUGCGGCGAAUUGUGCAGUUCGAGAAGGCGCGCAGUGUCAUCUACGGUCAGUGGGGAUUCGACUUUGGUCAGUCCAACAAGCAGCAGAAGGGUGUCAGCGUGCUCAUCUGUGGCCCACCUGGCAUUGGCAAGCUCAACGCCGCCAAGAGCAUUGGCUUUGAGAUCGGUCGCCCGCUCAAGGUUGUCAACUUCGGCCAGCUGGCUGCCGACUCGGCGUCCGAGACCCGCAAGGCGCUGCGCGCUGUGUUCGACGAUGCCCGUCUUAUGGAUGCCGUGCUGGUGCUCACGGGCUUCGAGUCCUUCGGUAGCCACAUCGAAGGCGGCGUUAUCCCGAUCGACAGUCUGGAGUCUUCGCCCCGCUUCCGCAUGGAGGUGAUGCGACUGCUGGAGCUCAUGGACACGUUCCCCAGCACCACCAUUCUGCUGGCCAACGUGGACAGAUCUGCAGCGGCGUCGCUGGUGCAGUCGGAGUUCUGCCGCCGCCUCAAGUUCGUCGUGGAGAUGCGGAAUCCCAACUCUAAGCUGCGCGAGAAGCUGUGGCGCGCGUGCUUCCCGCCCAAGGCGCCGCUGGACACCAAGAGGCCCAUCGACUUCCAACGGCUGGCGGAGCGGUACGACCUCAGCAGCAACGCCAUCAGCGACGCCGUGUUCCGAGCUGCUGCCAGCGCCGCUCUGCGUGAGGAGAGCAAGCGCGUUAUCACGAUGAAGGACCUGACUGACGCCGCUGAGAUCGAGCGGCAAAAGGCCCGCGGCGGCGCUGCCGCCAUGGAUAACCUGUUCGUCUAA